GCCAUAAUUUAGUUUUCCAGAUAUUAUCAAAAUGAAGACAUUUCUUAUCUUAUCAUCACUUGCAACUGCAUUCAUUUCGACUGCACUCGCAUUCGACUGGUAUGCAUUCACGCAAGCCAACUACGCCUCAAUCCAGACCGGACUCGCUCAGCUGAACGCUGCAGCCACACAGAUGAACCAAUCCAUCAUCCAACAGCAGAAUCGUGUGCAAAACGGCAUGGACGACUUGGAUAACUUCAUUCAGCAGUCCUUGGUUGCUCUGUGGAUACAGAAUCCGAACUUGAAUCUCACUGGUGACCAGCUGCAAUCGACACUAAGCUCCUUGUCCAAGGCUGCCAAUUACAAGUCUGCCGUGUCGUACAUUGCUGACGACUACAAACAGAGCGUAACGAACAACGUGAUGAUACCAGCUCAAUCGAUCGUGCAGAACAUCCUGAAUGCCAUGACGACUUUCUACGCCAACCAGUGGCAAAGCUGUGCUCAACAGUUCGCUUCGCAAUUGUUACAGCCACGAUUAUCCGUGGGCCGGCUACAGCAGUGCAUUAGCGUGGCAGUUCCCUAUUUCGAAAUGGUUGCCAACACCACUCUGUCUAUGCUCGAUUAUGGAAAGACCGGUGCGAGUACGGUGCUCAGUAUGCUGAAUUUGUGCUCAUCAAGCUCGACCAACUGUGUGUCCAAGUUUCUCAACGAUUUGCCGAAUUUGCUGAACAACAUCGUCAAUGCGGUUUCGUUCCUGUCUGGAAUUCCGUCAGCAAUAAUCCAGCCGGGAAAACCAGCAGUUCAGGAGUGCGUCACCUUGAUUACAGCAGAUAUACAGCAAACGCUGCAGGGACUUGUCAAUAAAACUACAUCCUGCUGAAAAUAA